AUGUUAUUCGAUGUUCUUAUCUUGAAGUACCUAGAAAUUACUGAUUAUAGUAUGUGGAGUUUUGCAGGAACCUUGAAGUAUUUAGCAGAAAAUGUCAACUACACAAGUGCAAAUCUACCAGAAAUCAAAGAAGCAUUUUGUCAGCAUAUGCAAAAUCGAUCUACAAGCUGUGCUUUCUACAAAUCAGUACAAAGAAAGGCACAGAAGCUUUGCAGUAAUAUAACAUUAACACUAGAACGGCCAGAAAUUAAAAAAAUUCUUAAAGAUCAAGAUAUAAAAAAUGCUCGGGAAAUGUAUGACAAAAGCGUUGAAUUUAGUGUUAUCACUGACAAGUCAACAAAAAUAGAAAUGUGCAGUAAGAGUUACGAGACAUUUUUGAGAAGUGGUUUAAACGAAGACAAGGAGAACAUUAGCGACGAUAAUACGAAAGAAGAUAGUGAUAAUAAUGAUGUAGUUAUCCACGAAACACUCACCUCAUCCAAUUCAAGACUUGAAAAGAAUUCAGGAUAUACCCUAAAGCAUGGACAUGAUGAUUUAGAUAUGACCUCGGCUUCAGAUGCAGCAAAUAAGAGAUCUCGCAUUGAAGCAAAAAAUCUUCUCGAUGAAUCUAAAUAUUGCUCAGAAGAAAUGCUUAAUUUACUAAGAAAUUUUCAAACGUAUUGUGAUCAUGCUAACAACAUACUGACAGCAGAUGACAUCAUGGAUCUGAGGCCAUCGUCAGAAUUUGUUCUGAAGUUUACCGAUGAAGCUGACUAUUCCAAACUCCUCAAAGAUGUUUUUGAUCCUAUUGACCAACUUUUUCCAGAGGAAGCUUUUGAGUUUCUUGUUGAGUUCUUUGCCGAGAAAUUAAAUGACCAGCAAUGGCAAGACAAAAUUGAAACCUUAAUAAAUCCUGAAACAGAUCAAUUUUUCAAACAAUUAAAAAGGUUUAUGUUUGAGACGCUUCCAAUAUUCUUUGAUUCAUAUGCAAUGAAUGCCGAGAACCCAUUAAAAAAUCAAGAAAUGGAAGAAGAUGAAUACAUGAAUAAUUAUAUCCAUCCGAUUCUAAAAAAGGCGCUUGCACGGUUUUCAAAUAUUCGUUAUGUCCCUGGCAAUAAAGCCAUAGAAGCAUCAGCGUAUAGAAAAUCUGUCACAAAUCAAAAGGGUAAUGCAGACCGGUCUGAUGGGAUUGUCUAUACAUCCAAUGAAAAACCAUAUGAGAUAUGCGUAAUAGAAGGAAGUAAACCAUAUAACACAGAAAAUGGAAAAGAAAUGGCAGACUUUCUUCAAAAUGCGAGGGCUGGAAAAGAUAUUAUUAAUUUUGUCAUAACUCAAGAAGUGAAAUUAAAACGAGCAUUACCAGUGUAUUUUCGAGGAUUUAUGGUACACAGUUUUGAGUUGAGUUUACGAUUCUACUUCAUGGAUUAUUUGGGCCGAUACCGAAUUUUCGAAAUUGAGACCUGUGAAGUACCCACAGAUCUUACUGGCGUUCGUUUAUUUCCCUUUCUGUAUCGUGCUGUGGUAACAUGGGCUCUGAUGAUUAAGAAUGCUGAUAGAGAGUUUCAGUUACUUAGAAAUUCCAAAAGAAGCUCUCGCUACAGCAAUGCUCACAAUUUACGAGUUUUGAUGCAAUUAUCUCACAAUCAAGCUCGACCAGGUGACAAAAAAAGCAUGAAGAUGGAUAAAAUUAUUUAA